AUGACCUCCGGAUGGUUCGUAAAAAUCAAAGUGGAAAAUCGCCUAGUAAAAAAUCAAGAAAAAGUGAUCCUGAUGCGUCCCACAGUAAUGUGAUGUUCAGUUCGUAUUCAACUACAUCAGUUCAUAAAAGAAAUUUGUGUAUAGUUUCGUUUCCUAUUAUAUUUUUGUUCAAUAUCUUACGGUCGUUGUUAUAUCAAGUUUUUGUUAUUUUACGUUUUAUUUACUGCAGUUCGUCGACUUACUUUGUACGCCACCCCAGAGUUGAUUGUGAAAAUGGUGAGAAAGAUAAUUGUGUAAUUGUAGAAGAAAUAACAGAGAUGGCCCAAGUAAGAAAUGCAGGUCCAGGUCCAGGAGACCCAUUGUUAGCAAAACAAAAACAUCACCACCGAAGAGCAUUUGAAUACAUCUCCAAAGCUUUAAAAAUAGACGAGGAGAAUGAAGGACAAAAGGAGUUGGCAAUUGACUUGUAUCGAAAAGGUAUUACAGAACUUGAGCUAGGUAUAGCUGUGCAAUGUUGGGGCGGCCGGGGGGAGGUGUGGGAGAGAGCGCAACGUUUGCAUGAAAAAAUGAAAACCAAUCUUGCCAUGGCUAAAGACCGACUGCAAUUUUUAGAAAGCAUGGAUAGGUUACAUAAUUUGGAGGUAAAUGUUCCAAAGGAAGUUCCAAAGCUUACCUACACUAGCAAUAUUCCUACUCUCAAAAAUAAUUCUAAAACAGCUUCUGGUAAAAAAUUAACUGUAGCUAGCAAGCGUCCUGCCAAUGCUUCGAUAUCCAAGAGUCAAACACUUCCCAGAUCAAUGGGCUCACGCACAGCACCCGUGCAACCUGUACGUCCUUUUAACAAAAUCUCUUCUACACCGCCUGCAGUUAAAAAGCAACUUUCUGUUCCUGGUAACACGGGAUCACCGGCCAGACGUGUAAACAGCAACGGGGCUACUACAAGUAAGGUUUCCGCUCGGGGACGUUCUCCUUCGUUGAGGGGAGUGGAUCCAAAGCUGGCACAAGCUAUUCUUGACGAAAUUGUCGAGGGUGGUCCGCCCGUGCAGUGGGACGAUAUUGUCGGUCAAGAUACCGCUAAGCAGGCAUUGCAAGAAAUGGUUAUAUUACCUUCCUUGCGGCCAGAGUUGUUUACAGGUCUGAGGACCCCAGCACGCGGAUUGCUCCUGUUUGGACCUCCCGGCAAUGGAAAAACUCUGUUGGCUCGUGCCGUUGCAACGGAAUGCCAGGCCACAUUCUUUUCUAUAAGCGCAGCAAGCUUAACCUCGAAAUAUGUCGGUGACGGAGAAAAAAUGGUUAGAGCGCUUUUCGCCAUCGCUAGGGAAUUGCAGCCAUCUAUUAUUUUUAUUGACGAAGUGGAUUCACUCUUAUCUGAAAGAUCCAAUAACGAACAUGAAGCUAGUCGGAGAUUAAAGACAGAAUUCCUAGUUGAAUUUGACGGUUUACCCAGCAAUCCGGAAAGUGAAAAGGUUUUGGUUAUGGCGGCAACUAACAGACCCCAAGAAUUAGACGAAGCUGCUCUGAGAAGAUUCCCUAAGAGGGUUUAUGUGACCCUUCCUGACUUAGAAACCAGAGCUAAGCUGCUUAAAAAGCUGCUGGCUAAACAAGGUUGUACAUUGACCCAGCAGGAACUCAAGAGGUUGGCAACCCUGACCGAAGGUUACUCUGGAAGUGAUUUGACUGCGCUGGCGAAAGAUGCCGCAUUAGGACCGAUUCGGGAGCUGCAGCCUGAACAAGUGAAGCAAAUGGAUCCGAAUUCUGUCAGGAGUAUCACUAUUAACGACUUCUUAGAUUCGCUAAAGCGUAUCAGAAGAAGUGUUUCACCGCAAAGUCUUGUUGCUUACGAAAAAUGGUCAUUACAAUACGGUGAUGUUUCACUAUAAUCACAUUCCACUGUUUUCUUAUUUUUUUGUAAUUUAUUUGAAUGUAUGUUUUAUUUAUCUGUGAUAUGUAAACUGUAUUUGUUGUUUUGAUACGAUUUUCUAGUAACAAAAAUAAUACUCGUUUUAUAGUUGUAAGUUGUGUAAAAAUCCAUACCGAUCUAUUAUGUAGUCUUAUUUUUGUUUGCUUUUUAGUUUUUAGCAGGAGUAGAAUUAAUAAUGUUGCCAUUUUUAUUCGUUUGAGUUAAAGCACCGAUUAAUUUUUAGUUGAAUUUGAAGCUGGACCAACACAAAAGUGUCUAAUUUGGCAAAGCUUUUUCUAAUUAUAUUUACACAUGACGUUUGUAUUUUAAUUGAAUAAUAAAGUUUUUACAUAACA